GGUCAGGUGACCACUCGACCAAAACGAGGAACUAUGACGUUACGGUGUAUAUGAGUAAGGAUGCUAUAUAUGAAUUAAUUCCACAUGUUUACUGUCACUACAAUAUACAAGCACGUCUGGACCCAGGGAAUCUAAACAAAAGCUUAAGUACAAAAACGUCCGCUGUCUUGCCAUGACAUGCCUGUGGGCUGAUUUACCGUUGGACCUGAUAUAUACGAUAAGGAACCGUGGGGAGGGACAACAUUGACAGAUGACAGUCUCCGCCCCUAGUUACACACCACGCGCUUAACGAAUGACGGACCAUUCCCUUAGUUACGUAUCACAUGAAAAUGAUGCACAACCACGGGGAAUUUAUACAGUAUAUAUUCUGAACCUGGUUACGAAGGAGUCUCAUUCAUGAAACUGUUUUUCAGACAACGACAAAACCUGUUUCCGCCAUUACUGAACAUAUGAAACGAUUUUUUCACAGUUGAACGUUGACGUGGCAUUUGGCAUGGUUACACAAAUCAAUGUUCGUUUCAUAUUCAGGAUGACAUAAUGCCUAUCAAGACCGUGUGGCUAGUUACAGUGGCCGUACAAGUGUUUUCCAUGUUCACGUUUUUUAGCCUAUGGAUUCAUCCCGGAAGUGAAGAGUAUGUUAAGAAACAGCAAAUAGAAACCUUUACUUCGGCAUUCUCUAGACGACUCGAUCCGACCCGAAAUAAAGACAAAUACUGUAACCUAGAUGUGCCACGUGAUCCUUUGGCAACAAAAUGUUUGCCGAGCCCAAACAUAGACGGUACGUGUUCGAUGUACAUCAGAGGCAACAAAAAACGCAUCCAACCGCUGAAAUUUAAUCCAACCGGAAGUAGGAAAUAUCUCAGUUGUAGACUCACAGAACUUUUAAAAAACUGCGAUACACUCCGCACUGCUCAUGGAUAUAUCACUGAAAGAGUUUCGGCAGAAGAAAAUGAUUUUCCAUUGGCGUUCUCCAUCAAGCUACACAGAGACCCGGAACAGGUGGAGCAGUUACUCAGGACUAUAUAUAGACCCCAAAAUGUGUAUUGUUUGUAUGUGGAUGGGAAGGCCCACCAAAUAGUCUAUAACCUGAUAUUCAAUAUCAGCAGAUGCUUUCCGAACGUGCAUGUUAUCCGGGACCGCGUCAAGGUCAUAUACGCGAGUUCCGCCCACGUGGUUAGUGAGAUGCAAUGCAUGCGCAAAUGCACAGAAUCUAAAGUAAAAUGGAAAUAUUACAUAAACCUUACGGGACAGGAGUUUCCACUCAGAACCAAUUUGGAAAUUGUUAGAAUUUUGAAAUCUUUAAAUGGUGCUAAUGACAUUGAAUCUUACAAUCACCCGGUUCUUCAAACCUGGAGAUUCUCAAAGAAAUAUAGACUGACUGAGACCAGUAACGUGGAGACUACUGAGGACAAGGAACCGUUCAGAUACAAACUACAGCUCAGUAAAGGUAGUGCGUACGGAUCAUUCUCGCGAGACUUUGUGAAUUUCAUUCUUAAAGAUAACGUUGCACAGGAAUUUAUCGCUUGGUUAAACAAUACGUAUUCACCAGAGGAAAACGUUUGGGCGACAUUAAACACGUUACCAUGGGCUCCUGGGGGAUAUGAAAUGGAAACACGUCACACUUUUGGUAACUUCCUGUCACGUGCCACUAUUUGGGACAAUGACAAAGAGUCGUGUGAAGGUCGGUAUGUUCGAGGUGUGUGUGUUUUCGGUAGACGAGAUUUGACGUGGCUCACGAGCAGACCGCAAUUAUUUGCAAAUAAGUUUAAUUACAAAAUGGAUAAUAUGGCCAUUGACUGUCUUGAAGAUAUUAUUCGCAACAGAACAAUAUUAAGCAAUACAGACAAUUUGAAUUGGUUUUACUACAUAAACCUCCCACAUGCCAAGUACUACUCGACUCACAGUAAGGACGCUAUGAUGCUCGAGUACUCGGGCAAAAAGGAACAGUGGUUACGCGCCCAGGCUUCAAAUACAGGAAAUGAUAACGUUGCGGUGCCAACGAGAACAGAGAAAUCCGACACGCUGCACGUGCUUGGUGGUACCAUGACAAUGUACAAAGUUCACGGAGAGGUGCUGUAACACUAGCAUCAAAUUUGUUAUUACAUCUUAAUUAUGUAUCAUAAAAAAAUAUGCUGUUUAUCUAUUUAAUUAUUUUUUCAUGUUUUAUCAAAUUGAUUCAGAUCUUUCACCGACAGCAGUGAAAUAUACAUCUACUGAACCACACGUGAAAUCAUUGAUUUUAAGAAUUAUUCCAAUUUGAACUCAUUUCGAUGAAGAGUAGUUUGAUCAUAUAGACCACAUUAAAACAAGUACGAACAAAUCCUUAGGCAUUUUUAUGUAAAAAGGUUCAUUGUCGGUUUCAAACAUAAAUUGACAUCUCGAUAAUGAUGAGUUUACUCAAGCAUUU